GGAGGUUCGCUGGGCUCAACCUGGAGAGCGUCAGCUGGCCUUACUCGCGCGGCCUUCUCGCCCGCUCCUUCGGCGUAAGCGAACCGCUCCUCGCCGGCGCCGCCAUGGCCAACAACUGCCCCAUCGUGGGCGCCGGGAACUGCCAUCAACCGCCGCAGCAGUCGCCGCCGCCGCAGCAGCCGCCGCCGCCGCCGCCGGGCGUCCCGCUGCACCCGCAGGCCGGAGCCGUGUUGCCGCUGCCGCUGCAGAGCGCGGGCCCCAAGCCGGCGGCCUCGGGCAAGCAAGGCAACGUUCUGCCUCUGUGGGGGAACGAAAAGACCAUGAACCUGAACCCCAUGAUCCUCACCAACAUCCUGUCCUCGCCUUACUUCAAGGUGCAACUUUACGAGCUCAAGACCUACCACGAGGUGGUCGACGAGAUCUAUUUCAAGGUUACACAUGUUGAGCCUUGGGAAAAAGGGAGCAGAAAAACAGCUGGCCAGACAGGGAUGUGCGGAGGGGUGCGUGGCGUUGGGACUGGAGGUAUAGUGUCUACAGCCUUUUGUCUCCUGUACAAGUUAUUUACCCUGAAGCUUACUCGUAAACAAGUGAUGGGACUAAUAACUCACACAGACUCCCCAUAUAUUAGGGCCCUUGGAUUCAUGUAUAUUAGGUACACACAGCCUCCAACAGAUUUAUGGGACUGGUUUGAAUCCUUCCUUGAUGAUGAGGAGGACCUUGAUGUGAAAGCAGGUGGCGGCUGUGUCAUGACCAUUGGAGAAAUGCUGCGCUCCUUUCUUACUAAGCUUGAGUGGUUUUCUACAUUGUUUCCGCGGAUUCCUGUGCCAGUUCAAAAGAAUAUUGAUCAACAAAUUAAAGCCAGGCCUAGAAAAAUCAAGAAGGAUGGCAAAGAGGGAGUAGAAGAAGUAGACAGACAUGCAGAGCGUAGACGUUCAAGGUCUCCAAGGAGGUCCUUGAGUCCCAGGAGGUCACCUAGAAGAUCAAGAAGUAGAAGUCGUCACCGGGAAGGCCGUGGAUCAUCCAGUUUUGAUAGAGAAUUGGAAAGGGAAAGGGAGAGACAAAGACUAGAGCGAGAAGCUAAAGAGAGAGAAAGGGAAAGGAGACGAUCCCGAAGUUCUGAUCGGGCAUUGGAUCGUAGGCGAAGUAGAAGCCGAGACAGGCACAGAAGUCGAAGUCAUGACCGGAAAGGAGACAGAAGAGACAGGGAGAGAGAGAGGGAGAAAGAAAAUGAACGAAGUAGAAGGAAGGAGCGUGACUAUGACAAAGAGAGAGGUAUUGAAAAGGAAAGUGAGCGUUCCAGGGAGCGAGAUCGUUCUAGAGAAAAAUCAAAAGACAGAAAAAGUAAGAGUGAAACAGAUGAGAGAAGGCACAAAGAUGACAAAGAUGAAAGGAAGCAUAAGGAUGACAAAAGAGAUUCCAAGAAAGAGAGGAGGCAUAGCAGGAGCCGAAGUAGGGAUCGAAAACACAGGAGUAGGAGUGUGAGCAGGAAUGCUGGUAAGCACAGUAGAAGCAGGAGUAAAGAGAAGUCAAGCAAACACAAAAGUGAAAGUAAAGAGAAAUCAAAUAAGCGGAGUAGUAGCAGAGGAAGAACUGAUGGUAGUGAAAAGUCCCGGAAACGAGACCUUAGUCCCAGUAAAGAGAGAUCACGGAAACGUAGUAAAAGCAAAGAACGUUCCCACAAACAUGACCACAGUGAUAAGGACCACUUAGACAAACAUGAACAUCGAAGGAGCCAAAGUACAGAACGAGAGAAUCAAGAUAAACAAUCUAAAAACAAAGAUGAGACUGUAUGAAUGUUCAGAAGUGGAUCACAUUGAAUCCUAUAAAUGUUUUGAAAACUUAUUUUUUUCUUAAAAGUUGAGAUUGUGCAGUAGUUGAUGAGCACUCUUCAACCUCCCUCUAGGCUGCAGAUCGUCAUUUCCUAUUUUGAGUAGGGAAGUGCCUUUGUAACCCUGUUAAAUGCGUUGACUAUUCCAGCCCAUUUGUUUAGUUGAAUUCAUGAUGCAAAUCUGUGCAUUUUUUUAAAUUGUUCAAAUGUUUUUGAAAUGUACAAUCUGUACAUAUGUCCUGAAACUGUUCUAAUCCCUUUGGCAUGGUUUGCCAUGUUGGUUAAAUUUGUAUACGGCAAUAAAACUGCCACUAAUUCUA